ACCUACCCCCGGGGCUGGCCAGGCGAGCUAUAUAAGGCUGCCAGCCUGCGGCACGGCGCCCUCGGAGCAGGAGUGCAGUGCCCUAGGUCCCCCUAGCUCACGGCCAGGCUCGAGGGCACCGUGCCCAGGCGCCACAGCCCUGCAGCGCAUCGCCGUUGCCCAGAGCUCCCGGAGGUGCCAUGCAGAGCGCGCCGAGCCGAUGUGCGGUGGUCCGCGCCCUGGUCCUGGCCGGCCUGUGGCUGGCGGUGGCGGGGCGCCCCCUGGCCCGGCGGUCUCUCGCCCUAUCAGACCAGGGGCCGCACUUGUACUACGGAUGGGACCAGCCGAUCCGCCUUCGGCACUUGUACGCCGCGGGGCCCUACGGCCGCUCGCGCUGCUUCCUGCGCAUUCACACGGACGGCGCGGUGGACUGCGUGGAGGAACAGAGCGAGCACUGUUUGCUGGAGAUCAGGGCAGUCGCUCUGGAGACCGUGGCCAUCAAGGACAUAAACAGCGUCCGGUACCUGUGCAUGGGCCCCGAUGGCAGGAUGCAGGGCCUGCCCUGGUACUCUGAAGAAGACUGUGCCUUCAAGGAGGAGAUCAGCUACCCAGGCUACAGUGUGUACCGCUCCCAGAAGCACCACCUCCCAAUCGUUCUGAGCAGUGUGAAACAGAGGCAGCAGUACCAGAGCAAGGGCGUGGUACCCCUGUCCUACUUCCUGCCCAUGCUGCCCAAGGCCUCGGUGGAGCCCGGCGACGAGGAGGAAUCCGCGUUCUCAUUGCCCCUGAAGACGGACAGCAUGGACCCGUUUGGGAUGGCCAGUGAGAUUGGGCUGGCGAAGAGCCCCAGCUUCCAGAAGUAACCGGGGCUCUGAGGUGCUUCCUUGGGAACAGUCCUGAGACCCUGUUUGGUUUAGCUUUAGGAAGAAACCUUAGAAGUUGUACAUAUUCUAACUUUUACAUCAGCUCUGCCAGUUUCUAGCAGAUAGACUUGUCUGAUCAUAAAAUUUUAAGCCCUCCACUUGCCGGCUGCUUCCCAAGCCCCCUACGCAGGUACCUUGGUUGCUGGACAAGCCACUGUGCUACUCCGGUUCUUGAAUACUUCCACUGAUGGGGAAUUCAUUCUCCUUGGGAAAUUUCCUAAUCCCAAACCAAACUUCUAUAAUUCUUUCUACCAUUUUCAGCACGGGCCACCAAAAGGUAAGCAGUUAAAGUUCACAUCCAGGUGAAACAUUAGGUACUUUGACUUGCCACAUGAGAACUGACCCGGAUCUCGACUCCAAGGACCAUUUGAAUCCCCCAGAUGCCUCCUGAUCAGAAAGUCAGCCAGGCUUUGGGAGCAGAAAAAGCCUGGAGCCCCUCUACAGCCAGGAACCUGUUGAGAACUGUCCCCGGGGCUCGUUCUGGGUGGGUAAACUCUGGUGGACACUUGAGUGGCCAUCCGCCCCCCAGGAGACAAGAUCAUCACUUGCUCCCUCACUUCCACAUGGCCAGCGCCCCACACAAAGGUGGCUCUCAGCUAGGCACAGGCUGGUGUCCUUGGGUGGAUGACCCAGGGGCCACCGAGAGGGACAGGCAGUAAAGACAGCCGGGCCCAGGAGCACAACCUAGCCAUGUAACUCGAGUUUCUGGGGAGUCAGACCUGCCUGGGUCACACUCACAGCCAGCAUGGGCCCUUCACCUCCUCCCAAUCUGGAUAGCGACCAGAACAGCUCGCCAGCCACCUGCCCUCCUUCCUCCCACCCUGUCCAGCCCUUAUCCCUGUCACCAGUCAUCACGUUCUGUCAGCCUGUGCCCCCCUCAUUUGAAAGCAGAAAAAAAAAUGUUCGAAAGCCCCAAGUCUUGCCAACAACUUGUGGAGCAGCAGGGGAAGGGUUAGAAUUCUUUCCCCAGCACUUAAGUUUCCAACAGGAUAUUUAUGAGUAAUUUAUUUUGAUAUGUACAUCUCUUUUUAUUUUCUUACUUUAUUUAUACCCCCAAAUUAUAUUUAUGUACAUGAGGUUUGUUUUCUACAUUAAAACGGAGUUGGUUUGUAUCAAAA